GUCUUUUGUACUUGCGCCAGCUGAAAGGGAGAUUCAACGAGUACUGUCUUGUAUCGCUUCUAAUUCAUAAGGAUGAAUCAGCAGGGCGUGGUAGUUAGACCAUAUGUUCCUGUCGCUCUAUUCCAGGGCCGAAGCAACUCAUGUUAAAGAGAAUCGGGUCCCUUUGUUUCAUGUCAGCUUUUUGAGGAAAUUGUUUCGUAUUGGAGGACCUUGAAAAAGUUUGACUUGAACAUUUUCUUUGCACCUCAAUUUACGACACGCGAUAAGUAGGCGUGUAUGUAUAAAAGAACAAGAAUUUAAUGUUCCAUUAAUUAAGUAUUCUUUCUUUCUUCUACAGUCGAGUAGAUCUGUUCCACUUCUAGUUCAUAAUCAGCAUCGAUCAGCAAUAUGUUUUCCAUUUCUCGUAACAUUAUUACCGCUUUAAUCGCCUUAGCUGUUUGUCUGUAUGUAUCAGCUGCACCUGCCGCUUCUACUACCAACGAUAUUGAUCUCAAAACUGUGGAAUCAUUGAUCAAACCAGCUAUCAAAAAUUUCAAAAAGAAACCUCACAAAAAAUCUCACAAGAAAACGGGUACUUAUACUGGCGAUGGUACUUAUUACAACCUAGGUCUGGGCUCUUGUGGCUGGGAAAACGACGAUGAUGAUAUGGCUGCUGCCAUCAAUCAUGAGCAAAUGAGAAAUGGUGGUAACCCAAAUAGAAACCCCAAUUGUGGUCGUUCUAUUACCGUACACGGACCAAAUGGUAGCGUAAAAGUUAAGGUUGUUGAUACAUGCCCCGCCUGUGGACACGGUGAUGUUGAUUUGUCUCCAGCCGCUUUUGAAAAGAUCGCUGACUUGGAAAAUGGAAGAGUUCCUAUCUCUUGGUCUUGGAACUGAUCAACAAAUACAAGUUCUCUGGUAGAAAACUCAUUGAUUUCUGUAAAUGAAGAAGCUUGAUGCUCUUCUCCGUUUAUUUUCAGGCCGGCUCCUGUUAAUACAUAGCAAUAAACCUUGCCAAGUCUUUUGAUAAGACUUAACUAUGUAAAAUCUGUUCGCAAUGCUGUUGUGUUUUUUUCGUUUGGGAUAUUGUAAACUUUUUCAGAUUUUCUUGUAAGAAAUGAAGCCUUCCUUCGUGUGCCGAUCAAUACAUCAUGCGAAUUACAUCUGUGUUGGGCUCGGUUUUGUAACUGCUAAUAGUUAAGCAGGAUCAAGCAAAUUCUGGAAAUACAAUGCUAAAAUCAUUCUUGUAAAAUCGUGGGGCUUGAUUAUUUUUUUGAAUUUGAGCGCUAAAGAAUAUUGUCGAUAAAUGACGCUGUGCAAAUUUUACAG